AUCAGACGACGAAUCCACGGAGCUCGGGCAAGCUAUGGAUCUCCCAACGACCCCGCUGCUGCUCUCCACCUUUGCAGUGUCCGUGGUCGUAUGUUACGUCCUCUUCAGGAAGCGGGCGGCCAGGAAGACUGCGCCGCUGCCGCCCGGCCCGAGGGGCUGGCCUGUCCUAGGCAACCUGCCGCAGCUCGGCGGGAAGACGCACCAGACACUGCACGAGAUGACCCUGGUGUACGGCCCGCUGCUGCGGCUGCGUUUCGGCAGCUCCAACGUGGUGGUGGCCGGGUCGGCGGCCGUGGCGGAGCAGUUCCUCCGCGUCCACGACGCCAACUUCAGCUGCCGCCCGCCCAACUCCGGCGGGGAGCACAUGGCGUACAAUUACCAGGACGUCGUGUUCGCUCCCUACGGGCCCCGGUGGCGUGCAAUGCGGAAGGUGUGCGCCGUGAACCUCUUCUCCGGGCGCGCGCUCGACGACCUUCGCGCCGUCCGGGAACGGGAAGCCGCGCUCAUGGUGAGGUCGCUCGUGGGGCAAGGCAGCGACGCGCUGCUAGUGCCGCUCGGCAAGGCCGUGAACGUGUGCACGACAAACGCGCUCUCCCGAGCGGCCGUUGGGCGGCGGGUGUUCGCUGCCGCCGGCAACGAGGGCGCAAGGGAGUUCAAGGAGAUCGUGCUUGAGGUGAUGCAGGUGGGAGGGGUUCUCAACGUCGGGGACUUCGUGCCAGCGCUCCGGUGGUUGGACCCGCAGGGCGUGGUGGCCAAGAUGAAGAAGCUGCACCGCCGGUUCGACGACAUGAUGAACGGGAUCAUUGCUGAUAGGAAGGCCGGGGUUAUUAUGCCAGCUGGAGAGGAAGGCAAGGAUCUGCUGGGCUUGCUGCUGGCGAUGGUGCACGAUGAGCGGCCCCUAGCCGGUGCCGAGGAGGAUAGGAUCACCGAAACCGAUGCCAAGGCACUUAUUUUGGAUGGAGGGGUAUUAUAUAUCAAUAAUAAGAAAAGAAAAGAUUAUUCACCGUCUACUGUAUGUUGUUCGUGCCUUGUUGACAAACACAAGAACCUGUUCGUGGCGGGGACCGACACGACGUCGACGAUAGUGGAGUGGUCGCUGUCCGAGUUGAUCCGCCACCCGGACAUCCUCAGGCAGGCCCAGGACGAGCUGGACGCUGUCGUGGGCCGCGGAAGGCUGGUCUCGGAGUCCGACCUCCCGCGCCUGACCUUCUUCAACGCGGUCAUCAAGGAGACAUUCCGGCUGCACCCCUCGACGCCACUCUCGCUGCCCCGAAUGGCUGCUGAAGAAUGCGAGGUCGCCGGCUACCGCAUCCCAAAGGGCUCGGAGCUGCUGGUCAACGUGUGGGGCAUCGCCCGCGACCCAGCACUGUGGCCUGACCCGCUGGUGUUCCGUCCUGCCCGGUUCCUCCCAGGUGGGUCGCAUGCGAAUGUGGAUGUCAAAGGGGGUGACUUUGGGCUCAUACCAUUCGGCGCGGGCCGGAGGAUAUGCGCAGGCCUCAGCUGGGGUUUACGGAUGGUCACACUCACUAGCGCCACCCUGGUGCAUGCGUUCGGCUUGGAGUUGCCGGCGGGCCAAUCCGUGGACAAGUUGAGUAUGGAAGAGGCCUUUACUCUGCUGCUGCAGCGGGCCGUGCCGUUGAUGGUUCAUCUAGUCCCCAGGUUGCUGCCAUCAGCAUAUGAAAUUGCAUAAAAGCUCAAGAUAUCCUAUUUCGAGGCAUCUGGCCUCCGUUGUGUCAAAUAAAUUGGGAAGCCCAUUUUAAUUGUUGUGUUCACUUUGAUGAUGUACUCUAUCUGUUAUAUAUGCUCGUAUCCGUAAUGACACAUGCUUUCUUGGUAACUACGGAUACAAGCACUCUUAUACAGCCCUCACGGUAUGUCCAAGAAAAUACUGUCGGAUCGGAUCCUCGACUAUGCCUUGUACA